AUGUCCCCAGCUCAAGGUCCUUUACACGGUCUGCGUGUUGUAGAAAUGGCAGGCUUGGCACCAGCUCCCUUUGCUGGCCUUGUCCUCUCCGAUUUCGGCGCUGAUGUCGUGCGCAUUGACCGAAAAGGUGCAUCUAGCAGCGACUCACUGACACGCGGCAAGCGCUCCAUUGCACUCAACUUGAAGGACUCUCAAGACUUGGCAACCGUCAAAGCGCUUGUCUCUAAAGCGGACAUUUUGAUUGAGGGAUACAGGCCUGGUGUUAUGGAGUCUCUUGGCCUUGGUCCAGAGGUUCUGUGCAAGCUCAACCCAAGACUCGUGUAUGCCAGGUUGACGGGAUUCAGAAGGACAGGUACGUGGGGCAAAGCAGCAGGUCACGACAUCAACUACCUGUCCCUCUCUGGUGCACUCUCUGCACUAGGCCCUGCUAUGCCUGAACCGCCCUUGCCGCCUGGUAAUCUCGUGGCUGAUUUCGCAGGCGGUGGUCUCAGCUGUGUGGUGGGAAUCCUCCUUGCCCUACAAUCUCGCAAUACAACCGGCAACGGCACUGUUGUUGAGCAGAAUAUGGUGGAUGGCGUGCAGUACCUGGCAACAUUUGUUCGGCAUGCUCAAAAGGGACCCAUGUGGGGUGAACCCCGUGGCAACAAUAUCCUUGAUGGUGGAUGUCCUUAUUACAGCUGCUAUACAACAAAGGAUGGUGGGUUCAUGGCUGUUGGGUGUUUAGAACCUCAAUUUUUCAAGUUGUUCAUUGAGCAACUUGGUGUGAGCAAGGAGAUUGUCGACAUGGAUCGAUUCGACCGCGACAACUGGCCAGCCAUGCGAGCGGUUUAUGCAAAUCGAUUCAAGGAACAAACAACGGCAGAAUGGUGCAAGGUUUAUGAUGGGACGGAUGCGUGUGUGACGCCCGUUCUUGAUGAGAUUGAGUAUGCGGGUGUGCCUGUCUCUGUCGGCGGGUACAAGGGUGGGUAUGGAGUGUGGUCGUGA